AUGGCCAACUCCCGGUUCGAGUACGUCAAGUUGUUUGAGCGGGAAAACCCGCUUCUCCCCGAUACCUAUAUUGUCCUUCGAGUCGACGGUAAGGGGUUCCACAAGUUUCUGGCCCACUAUGGCUUUGAAAAGCCCAACGACGCCAAGGCGCUCGACGUGAUGAACCAGGCGGCUUUGCUGGUGAUGACGAAGUAUCCCGACGUACUGAUGGCCUACGGCGACUCCGACGAGUACCUGUUCUUGCUUAGAAAGCUGUGUGACUUGUAUGAGCGCCGGGAGAUGAAGCUUAUCACCACUUUCGCUCUGGCGUUCACCACCGAGUACUACUACUGGUGGACACAAUUAUUCCCCGAAAAACCGCUUGACCACGAACGGUUACCUCAAUUCGACUGUCGGGCAGUGGUCUACCCCAAUUUCCAAGUGGUUAAGGACUAUUUCAGCUGGAGACAAGCCGACUGCCAUAUUAACAAUUUAUACAAUACCACCUUCUGGACAUUGGUGCAAAAAGGAAACUUGACCCCUCAACAAGCGGAACAGAGGCUUCUGGGCACUCUAGCUGCGGAUAAGAACGAGAUCUUGUUCCUGGAGUUCGGCAUCAACUAUAAUAAUGAGCCGGAGAUGUAUAAGAAGGGGACAGUAUUGGUGAGAGAGAUCACUGAACCUGAGAAGCAGGAGCAAUUACUGGAUCGUCAGAAGCAGAGGGAACAGAAGAAACGGCGCAAAGCUGAGAUUAAGACCCUCCAUUGUGACAUCAUCAAGGAUGACUUUUGGCAACAGAGACCCUACCUUGAAUAA